UGUGCGGUGAACACAACAACAGAGCCGUUGAGCCAAUCACGUCGUUCUCCUGACCUUACCCUGCGCAGCGCUCCGCUGUUGCAGUCUGUGUUGUUUUAGCAGUAGGCGUGUUAGGACGAGCCGUCGGAACAUGCCAGAGGUUCCGUCCGGAGCGGAGGUGUCCCGGAAAAGAGGCGCAGAACCCGGAACGCUACCCGAACAAGGCCCGGAGAGGAAGAAGGCCUGCUGGGGCAUUCUGACCAGCCAAGGGUCCUGGGCAGAUCGCUCACCGCUCCAUGAAGCUGCUUCUCAGGGUCGACUGCUUGCCCUGCGCACUCUGCUGGCCCAGGGAUAUCACGCCAACAUUGUCACCAUCGAUCAUGUGACCCCUCUUCAUGAAGCCUGCCUGUCGGGACAUGUAGCCUGCGUCAGAGCACUAAUAAAUGCUGGAGCUAAUGUGAAUGCUGCUACCAUCGAUGGUGUCACUCCUCUGUACAACUGUUGUGCCUCCGGGAGUGUCAGCUGUUUGGACAUACUGCUGCAGAAUGGAGCACACACACACACGCCACACACACAUUUCCCAUCGGCACUGCAUGAAGCCUGCAAGAGAGGAAGCAGCCAGUGUGUAGAGUCACUGCUAUCUCAUGGAGCAGAUCCAGACUAUGAAGUGUCUCACCUGGGCUCUCCUCUCUACAUGAGCUGUCUUCACCGACACACAGCCUGCACAAAGAUCCUGCUGCACAGAGGGGCAAGUGUUAAUGUAGGCAGGGGAGAGGACAGUCCUCUGCAUGCAGCUGUCAGACAGGACAGUGCUGAUCAGGUGCCAUUGUUACUGGACUAUGGAGCUGAUGUCAACCUAAGAGACGGUAACAAUCAGCGACCUGUAGAGCUAGCACCCCCUGGUGGAAGAACACAGCAGCUGCUACUGGCAUUUGAAGUUUCUCCGAGGAGUCUCUGUCAGUUGUGUCGUCUCCAGAUCAGGAAUCUGAUUGGUCGAUCCAGACUGAAGCAGCUCCCCCGCCUUCCUCUACCUUCCCUGCUCACUCACUACCUGGAGCACACGUAGAGGGCAUGCAUGCAACAUGAGUGGAAAGAUUUCUAUAACAUUUUAAAUUUGGAUGUGCCAAGCCCCUAAUUAACCACAUUUCAUAACAUAUCAACACCAUAAUUUAUGCUGUGUAGAACACCAUUACUGUUGUAACAAAUACAGGUCAUACAUCGUCUUGUGUUGCCAUAAUUAUCGCAACCUCUCUCUAUGUUGAUGUCUGUUCAGUGGGACAUAUUUUUCUGACUGAUAGUAUCAGCUGAUCCACACUCUGAACUCACUUUGGCUCUAGAUGUUGGUUUUGUGAAUACUGUGAAUUUAUUUUCCACUGGCAAGUGCUGGCCUUCAAGUAUCUAUGUAUAUGUAAAUACCAAUAAAUGAUGCGUGACAUGA